AUGGCUAUGCGACUCUUGCGUGACCAGGACACGCCAUCGAGUCGCCGACGGUGGGUCCAGCAGAAUGAGUACACGCCAUGUGAGCUUGCAGAGGACGCGGAGCAAGUAACUCCGAAGCUGCGCUUUUCGACGGCGCAGCAAGAAGAUCAAUCAAACCCAACUGCUCCUCGUGAUCGUAUUACGAGUUCGUUGACGCGCAUUCGGCUGACGUCGGGCUUCAGACUUGCAAGCGCGAAGCUGACGAGCACGCCUACGAAGUUCAGCAAUGGGUCUACAGUCAGCACCAGCACACGACAAGGCUGCCAUGAAGGGUUACACUUGCUUCGCUGCAGGUCAAGUGGCAGCGCAGCGACGUGCUUGGUGGAUGGCGCAACAUGGAAGCCACCCUGCAGGGCUUCGCAGCAGACUGCGGGGGAGGGCCGCUUGCGACAUGCAAUCACAGAAGCCUCGCUAUGA